UGACGAAAGCAUUCAUAGCAACCAGCAUGGCGACGGAGAAGCGUUGCUCCGCCGCCCAUCUGUUUAUAAGCUAGCUUUAGGCUGUUACCUUCACGUUACUCCAUUCUCUUUCAACGUAAACAUGUUUAGAGUUACAUACGCUAUCGUUUCUGGAUCUAUUCAAGAUCUCCCGUUGCUGCUACAGAAUAUUUUUGUGGGAAAUGGGAUACGAUGAGGAUAAUAAUACCAUGGAAUCGAGAAUAGGGAGUGUAUCAUCUGGAUCACGGUGCAGCCUUGGUGGGAAAGGACAGGAUUUAAAAAGUAGCCCUUUCUGCACUCGCUCCUCCAGCAAAUUGACGCAGUCCAUCGUUAGAGACCACAUGGUGUCUCAUUACAAAAAGGUUUACUCCGCUAAAGCUGCCAUCGAUGCCUCAGUACCCAAAAGCUUGAUACACAGUGUAAAGUACAAUGACCAGAUCAGACAGGAGCGGUUGAGGAAAGGUGGUCGUCCUCAGUCGGCCCGUUCUCUCUCACAGAGGAAUAGCAGAGCCUCCUGCUCUUUGGCCCAGAGUAGAUUAUCUGUGCAAUAUGAUGACAGCCCCUACCUCUGCUCAAGGAGCUCUGCGGUUUCCAGCCCGCAGUUCCUCUCCUCCUUUAAUGCCAAGGAGAUGGUUUAUCCAUCAUUUAAAGUUGGCUCUCAGAACCAGUCCCAUCACAUUCGGCCAGCAUCAGAAAGGAAGUACCGCAGCCCCGAGGCAACUUCACACAGAAAGCAGUCAGUGUGUUCACUGGGAGCUCCAGGAGAUCAGAGUUACAAGACUUUCCAAGACCCUGUCCAGAAGACGUACAGUGGAGAUCUGCUCCACAAACAUUCCCAGCACUUUACCCAGGACAAACCUUUUACCCCCAAGACCCUGAAAUCAGAAAAGAGUUCGUACCUGUCGCAAUAUCGCUACUACAGAGCCCCAGGGCGUAAACCCACUCAGGAUAGCACCAACUCCAGAUUGAUGCGACAGGAAACCUAUCACGGAAGCACUACAACCAAGGAAAGCGCACAGGACAUUCAUGAGCCAUCUCAGGGAUUAAACACAGAGCAUGAGUGGUCUGAAGACGAGUUCAAUGGCACAUAUUUGUCCGCAUCUAGUCAACGGAAUCAAGCAAACAAGAGCGGAGUACUUGAUGUACACGACUCCUCGUCCAGGUUCUCCACAGAGGGCGAGAAAUCCCCCUUUAUGAAGACUGUAUCUGCAGAGGAAGAAGAACUAAUGUACCUUGAAUUUAUUUCUGCUGUAACCGAGGACAUUUUGUCCAGGGAGCACAUCUCUGACAGGUUCCUGGACCGGGUAGUAAAUCGCCAUAUCGACAUGAAUCGGCAUCAGCUUGAUGUGGGUAAAAUGCGCCACCUUUUGGAAAUACUGCGUAAAGAUUUUGAAGAGCCAAACAACACAUCCACCUUCUGCGCAGAGCUUGAAAAAACAGAGAACGCUCUACUUGAUUCAUUCCUACCACAUCUGGAAUCUGGGGGGAAACAAUUAAAGACCAAAAAGGACAGUAAAUUGUUCCAAUGUAGUUCCAUAAUUGAAUACUGUGAUUCACCAGACUUUGCUGUUCCCCUGUCGUUGUCUACACCUUUGUGCUCUCCUGAAACAAUUUCUGUCCGGCCAAUAAAAGUGGAUGUGAAGGAAAGAGCAGAUGAUGAUCAGGAAAGGGGCAUCGGCUCUCCUGGUAAUAUCGGAAUCGGUGAGGACAACCAUCUAAAUCAAGCUGAGACAACUGAGACAAACAAAGGCGUCAACCGUGAAAACAACAUUAUAAGCAGUCAAGAAGAGUUUCAUCAAGAGCCAGCCGGCGUCAGUCAGGAUGGACAAUCGGAAGAGCUUGAAGACCUGGGGAGGAGUUUGUCGCAGUCUCUUCACGUGUCCAGCAAUAAACACUGCAACAAUGUGGAGACGCCCCCUGAGCAACAUCCAAAUACUGUUGCAUCUGCCAGUGAUGAGGAUGAAUUCUGAUCUUUGCUGAAUUCAGAGAUUGAAAGACCAUUAGUGAGAUUUUUGUUUUUUUUAGAGAGAGAAAUGUAUUGAAAGUAAUAAAAAAAAAGUUGGAAGAGUGGGUGAAUAUGAUUUAACACAAGCUGUGUUUUUCAUGUUUCAAAAUCCCCACCAAUAUGGAGUUAGUUCUAUUCUGCCUUUUUAUAUUUUUCAGUGAGCACAAUAAAAAAAAAAUCCUGAGCCCCCCGAGAACAACACUGGAGACACAGUGACUGUGGUGGUCGAGCUUUCAUUGAUCCACAGUGAUGCUCUGCAUACUCUGCUUCGGAUCUUCACCGCUUUGACAUCUUUGAAGAGACACCCGUUGAAAUUCAAGACACGAAGACACAAAAUAAAACAAUAGCAUUUAGUAACCGCAUAGUACGCAGGUCAUUACAAUCUACUUUUUAUACAGUGCACACUGUGUAUAAAUGUAAUUCACAUUUUGAUUCUGCUCUGAUUCUGCUCUGUCCUCCGUGUGGCCUGUUUUAUGUUGCUUUUGUGACGGAGAUUUACAAAAAAUGAUGAAAAUUACACACAAAAAACUAUUGUAAUAAAGUACCCAAGCAUGCAGAUAAGUCACUGGAUGAUGCAUAGAUAUUUUAGUAAUUAAGAAAAGGGUUUUAUUAGAGAACACCAUAAAACCAAGUUCAACAAAAACACUAAAAAUAGCUUUAAGAUAAUAAAAACAAACUGCGGGACAUUCUGCACCUGUUCCAACCUCCUGAAAUCCACUUAUGAUUUCAGCCCGGCUCUUUUGUUAGCUCGUCUUUUGUUUCAACAUGGAGCUUUGUUUGAAUGUUACCACCUUACCUGCCUGCAUCCUGAACUCUGUUUUAAAGCAUUUUGUUCCAUGCAUUAUUUAUAUGCGCUGUGAGGUACAUUGUGGUAUUUGUGUGUUAAAAACUAUUUAAAUAUCAUAGUGAUUAA